ACUGUGCAUCCUGCCUGUCCCACGCCAGGACAUAACAGGUACCAAACUUGUUCCUGGGACAGGAAGAGCCUGGUGGGGGAAGAGGGAGGGGGGGCGGGUUCUGCUGGCAAGGGGAGGCCGUUGUUCUGCCUCUCUGGCAGGUGCUGCUGCCGGCUGCAAGGCAUCUAAUGUAGCCCACGAGGUGUCGGGACAAGCGAGUCUGGCCCCCCACUGCGGCCUUUGGCACCCCGCCGCCAGGCAAGAGGGAGGACCUACCAGCGCCCACAGUUCCCCGUCCCUCUGCCUCGGGGUGCCAAGCCCUGUCUCAGAUCGCAGCUGGCACCUCCUCCCUCCCCGCAGCAUGGCACAGAGCUGCCUCCCAAGCCCCGAAAGCCCCAGCCCCUGAGCCCACCCUGCAGUCUUGCCUGGCUCCCUCGGGCCCCUUCCCCCCAACACCCGCGGCAGGACCGCGCGGGCGGGAACCUGAGCUCAGGGCCGAGGAAUCUGGCUUGGAAGUGGAGGGGGGUCAGGUUUGGGGUCUGGGCUCUGAUUGGCUGCGCCCGGGCCACGCCCCUGCCCUCUCCCCAUCCUCCCCCCUCUCGGAAGGGGGGCGUGGAGGGAACCGGGAUCACCCAGGGGCCAGCAUGAGCCGGAGGGAGGGGAGUCUGGAAGACCCCCAGGCUGCCUCCUCAGGCUCACUCCUCCCCCCCUUGGAGGCCAAGAUCCGUCAGACACACAGCCUUGCCCGCCUUCUCACCAAAUACGCAGAGCAGCUGCUCCAGGAAUACGUGCAGCAUCAGGGAGACCCCUUCGGGCUGCCGGGCUUCUCGCCUCCGCGGCUGCCCGUGGCCGGCCUGAGCACCCCAGCACCGGGCCACGAGGGGCUGCCCGUGGCCGAGCGCCUGCGGCUGGACGCGGCGGCGCUCACCGCGCUGCCUCCACUGCUGGAGCUCGUGCGCCGCCUCCAGGCCGAGCUGAACCCGCGCGCGGCGCGCCUGCUGCGGCGCCUGGAGGACGCGGCGCGCCAGGCCCGGGCUCUGGGGGCCGCCGUGGAGGCCGUGCUGGCGGCGCUGGGGGCCGCGGACUCCGGACCCCGGCCCGAGCCGCCUGCCGUGGCUUCUGCUGCCGCAGCCGCCGCCGCAGCGGGCGUGUUCCCAGCCAAGGUGCUGGGGCUCCGCGUGUGCGACCUCUACCGCGAGUGGGUGAGCCGCACCGAGGGCGACUUGGGUCCGCUGCUGCCCGGCGGCUCAGCCUGAGGGAGCCGACACCUGCGGCUGCCUCUGCAGCCUGCGCGCGUGUCUGGCGGGUCCUGACGCCAUCGCUCUGUCCACGCGGGCUGUCUGCUUUUUGCGCCCGGGUUCUUUUUUUCAACUAACCCCUGCAUCCUGCAGGACGCC